AUGUAUUCUGGAAGUUCGAUUACCAAAAUGUUAGCUUCUUCAUCAAAAGGAUCAAUCAAUUUGAUCAAUUUGUGAAGGUGAAGUUUCAAGCAAGCUACAGAUGCCAUUUUGAUGCAGUGCAGUGUAUUUGUUAGAUUAAGGCACAACAAUUGAUAGUACACAGAUGUCACCCUUAGCAGCAACUUUAUGAUCACCAACCUAUCACAGCAUCUAACGAUUAGCAUAAAAUGUGUUUUUACAGUAUUUGUAACAACAUACCUGUCUUCAGAACACUGGACAGCUCCCAUGAUGAGCAUCCAAAGCAAUUACAUUUGUGCCAAGAGGAUGGUACACACUAGGGGUGUGUAUUGCCUCAUAUCUGACCAUACAAUUUGUAUCACGAUUCGAUUCGAUCCCAAUUAAUCCCGAUACUACACUUGAAGAUUAUUAUUGCGAUAUUUUUAUAUCACUUUGAAAAAAAAAUCAAAAUACACAUAAACUAUAUUUAUAUCAAUAUCUUCCUGAAACCUCAUCCAGCACUCAAGUAAAAAUGUUUUUUUUUUUAUGUAUGAACAACAUAUGGCUUUCAUUAUAACAUUUUCUCUGUUUUAGUGCAAACCUGCUUUAGUCCAAACCUGCUGAAAAGCAGGAUUCUAAAUACUUCAUACCUCCGUUUUUUCAGUAAAAGCCUAAAUGAGCCCAAAUUUCAGAUGACUAAUCCGGACAAAACGACCGGAAGUACUCCGUCCGCCAUUGCUUAGGUUUACUGCCCGCAGCACAUAGCAACAGCAGCUAAUGUUACUGUUUACAUUGACUUCCUUUGAGCUACUAUAGGUGUGUAAACACUCCAUGAAUGCCGGCCAACCACUAGAGGGCAACGUACACAAAUCUCUACUCAGAUUAGUCCAAUGUUGUUGUUACUUCAGCAGACUGCAAGGCAAUGCUGCUGCGCGCUACCAACUGGUGGGCGGGAGUAGAAGUGCAGCCACUGAAAUGUUUUAUUUCAACCAAAAACACACUUGUAAGGAUCAAUUCAGACAGAUUUUGAAUCGAUACGAGAAUUGCUUGACAUAUUAUUUUGAUAAAUCUCAGCAUCGAUUUUUUUAAACACCCCUAGUACACACAUUGUUGAAAACCGGUACAAGUACACACACUUUAAAUAAAAAAAGGUAUUUCAUAGUGGUUUUUCCAUCAUCAUCACACUCUCUGAAUUAUACGACUCAACCUUCCAUCCACAUUUCUCGAAGUUUUGCCUCUUAGCAUUCAUCUGUUCACUCAAAAACACUUUAUUCAAAACCUUUUCGACAUGUCACACUAUUCUUUGCUUUUUUCUUUUUAAGAGCUUUAUUGUCUUGUCACUUCUUUCAUGGCUUUGUUACAGCGUUUUCCUUUUGGGGUUAAAAGCUGAAGACAUAAUGUCCUUUAUUCCUCAUGAGAAUGGUAGAUGGAAGUAUUGUAAAAUUACACACAGACCCCUUUUCUUACUUUGCAGCAACAACGAAUUAUGAGUCAUUUUUAAAUUUCCCUUUUUGUACUGGAGUUAAGACUGAAAGCUCCAUGAGGAAUAAGGGUCCAAACAGGGUAUAAAACAAGGGAUUGAGCUUCACCUAAUCGUUGAUAACCAAGAUGAAACAAAAAGACCUGAAUCCUGUGCUACUGUAUCUAUUCCACUUCAUAGUGUGGAUUUACUCCAGCGUUGUCUUCAUUCCCUACUACAUUGUCACUUGGGUCUCCAAACCUGAAGUAGCAAUUUAUGGAUCCGAGGAGGAGCGUGCAAAAAUUCCAAAGGCUCACUCAGUGCUGGGACAACCUGAGGGACCUUAUCGAACAGUGAAAGCUGCCAAGGGACUGGUGCAAUUGCUGUACCCGGGACUGGACACCCUGGCUAAGGUCUUUGAGUAUUCAGCCAUGAGAUUUGCCCACAAAGAAUGUCUUGGCACAAGAAAUGUGAUCAGUGAGGAAGAUGAGCAGCAGAGCAACGGCAAGAAGUUUAAAAAGGUGAUUCUUGGGGAAUAUCACUGGCUGUCCUAUGAGGAGACUCUCUUUGCAGCCACCCAGUUUGGCUAUGGCCUGGCAGCACUCGGGCAGAAGCCUAAACACAACAUUGCCAUAUUCUGUGAGACACGGGCCGAAUGGAUGAUAGCUGCCUUAGCUUGCUUCAUGCAGAAUUUCCCAUUGGUGACUUUCUAUUCUACACUGGGGGGUCCAGCCAUUGGUCACGGACUGAAUGAGACAGAAAUUACACACAUUAUCACCAGCAGAGAGCUCCUGGAGACCAGACUCAAGGCAAUUCUAGCAAAUGUUCCAAAGCUGCAGUGCAUCAUAGUCGUGGACAAAACUCCAACGUCAUGGCCCGACUAUCCCAGUGACAUUAGUAUCCGGAACAUGGCUGAUGUGCAGAAGUUGGGUGCCAGACCAGAAAAUUUUUCUCAGCAAAAUCAACCUAUAGCUUCAGACGUUGCGGUCAUCAUGUACACAAGUGGAUCCACAGGUACUCCCAAAGGGGUCAUGAUCUCCCAUAGCAACAUUAUCGCUGCCACCACUGGAGUUGCUGAAAGGAUACCUAAUUUGGGUGAAAAAGACACUUACAUUGGCUACCUUCCUCUGGCCCAUGUACUGGAGCUGUGCGCUGAGCUUGUGUGUAUUACUCACGGUUGUCGGAUUGGUUACUCUUCACCUCAGACUCUGUCUGACCAGUCAACUAAGAUUAAGAGAGGCACCAAAGGAGAUAUCACUGUCCUGCAGCCCACUUUGAUGGCAGCUGUCCCCGAGAUCAUGGAUCGCAUUUAUAAGAAUGUGAUGGUAAAAGUUGAGGAGAUGAACUUUGCCCAACGAACACUCUUUACCCUUGCCUACAACUACAAAUUGGAUCAGUACCUCAAAGGUUACAACACACCUCUGUGUGACAAAUUGGUCUUCCGAAAAGUUCGCGCUCUUCUUGGAGGUCGUGUACGAGUGAUAUUUUCGGGUGGGGCACCACUUUCUGCUGGUACUCAACGCUUCAUGAAUGUGUGUUUCUGCUGCCCCGUGGGUCAGGGAUACGGCCUGACAGAGACCUGUGGUGCUGGGACAAUCAGUGAAGUGUGGGAUUACAGCGCCGGGCGAGUGGGAGGCCCGCUUGUAAGCUGUGAGAUCAAGCUCAAAGACUGGGUAGAGGGGGGCUACCACCACACUGACAAGCCGCACCCGCGAGGAGAGAUUCUAAUUGGUGGACCCAACGUAACUAUGGGAUAUUACAAGAAAGGUAAAGAAAGCCAAAGGGAUUUUUUCGUGGAUGAGAGUGGCCAACGCUGGUUCUGCACUGGAGACAUUGGAGAGGUUCAUAAAGAUGGCGGCCUCAAGAUUAUUGAUCGUAAGAAAGACCUUGUGAAGCUGCAAGCAGGGGAGUAUGUCUCCCUUGGAAAAGUGGAGGCUACAUUGAAGAACUGUCCUUUGGUUGACAACAUCUGUACAUAUGCCAAAAGUGAUGAAACGUACGCGAUUGCCUUUGUGGUGCCAAAUCAGAAGCAGUUGCAAGCUCUGGCUGACCAAUAUGGCGUCAACGGAUCAAUGAAGGAGCUUUGCAACAACAAAGUGAUGGAAGAACUGGCGCUCAAGGUCAUCAAUGAGGCCGCUAUAGCAGCCCAGCUCGAGCGCUUUGAAAUCCCUCGCAAGAUCUAUCUGAGUCCAGACAUGUGGACUCCCGAGACUGGACUUGUGACUGAUGCAUUCAAGCUCAAGCGGAAGGAGCUGGAAAUCCAUUACCGGAAUGAGAUUGCAAAGAUGUACAAUGGGAAAUGAUGACAUGGACCACGACAGUCCAUCCACGAAGCAGAUCAAUACGAUGUACUAAAGCAUGUGGGUUGUUUUCCCUUUGGACUUUCACCCAGCCCCACUUUGGAUGCUCUUACUUGAAUAUGUAGCUGAACUAAAGCAUAAUGAUUUCUUACUACUGUAUACAUGAAUUUUCCAGAAAGUGCAAACGACAUGUCUGCUGCUGCGUUUUCCUUUUUGCCCAAGUGUAUGACCUCUGGGUCAAAUGUUUUAUUGUUUCAGAUGGGUGUUAUGAAACAGACAGUGCUGUGUUUAGCUGUUGUCUGGUGAACUUGCCUGUGUUCCACAGCAAGAGUCUUUGGAUUGCAUUUGAUUGCACUUGUGGUUUAUUUUUCCCUGAGUUCUUUCUUUCAUGCCUUUCAUGAAACUGAAGAUUAUACAAUUUUUUUGUCCUGCGGGUCAGGAAACGCUUAGCUUUUUGGUUCUUUUGGCCUGAAUAUUGAGUCCCUGUGUUGGAAUUUGAUCAUUUUAUUAUAAUCGAGCAUGUUAUUUCCAAAAGUAUGGAAUAAUUUCACCUAAUUUCACAGUUUAUUUAUAUUUGGAAACUGAUAAUUAAUCAAGCAUGUUAUUUCCAAAAGUAUGGAAUAAGUUUAUUUAAUUUCACAUUUUAUUUAUAUUUGGAAACUGAUAAUAAUUAUGAAUGUGUAUGAAGUACCACAGUUUGCACAUAAUGACAACAUUGGAAACUAAUGCACUGCUUUUUCUGCAAAAGUUGUACUACAAUAGUGUACUUUUCAAUGUGCUGAGCAUACACUCCAGAGUUCAUAUUUAUUUAUGUAUUCUAUAAUCAACACCGUUUUGUUGAAGAGUGCUUUGUUUAUGUAUUUUAUAAUCAACAUCGUUUUGUUGAAGAGUGCAAACGUUAAAAAGGUCUAAUGUUCUCGCCAGGAAAGGCAGUUGAUUACAGAAAAUGUUUUAAACACCAGGAAGUAACAAUUUUGCACACACAUUUUUUGGAAUGGUUAAUUUUUUUCUUUUCUUUUUUUUUUAAAAUGAAACCAUAAAUUAAGCUAAUGACAAUGAGACUUGAACUUUAACAUAUUGGUACCAUGGUGAAUUGUUAAUUUCUGGUGGGUUGUUCUUUUAGUGUGUGAUCAUGGGUGAAAUGAAAUAUGUUUGAAAACUGCAGUGUAUGUACAUCUCCUUGAAUGAUCUGUUUUUUUUAAAGAAUGUUUUUUAAAAAAAAAAAACUGGAAAUAAAAUCUGACUAGAAAGAAAGAUUUACACUAUGAGAACUCAAUCUGUCACUGUACUUGCUUAGCUGGUGGAGCGUAAGUUUAAUAGGGAAAAAAACAAGAACAUGGA